CCCAAAUCGUGAGAUCAUUUGCAUUUGCAGAGCCAGAGCCAGAGCCAGAGCCAGAGGGGGAGAAAAGAAAACUAGGGCAUAUCUUUGAGCUCAGCUGAGAAGGUGUUAUUGAUUAUUGAAGAUCUUCAUCUUACGAAAUUUCAAUGGCUCCACUUGUUCCAAGAUCUGGAGAUGCAAUUUUCGCUAAUGUUGAACGUGUUAAUGCGGAGUUAUUUACGUUAACUUAUGGUGCAAUGGUGAGACAAUUGCUUACGGAUUUAGAAGAGGUAGAGGAAGUCAACAAGCAGCUUGAUCAGAUGGGUUAUAAUAUUGGAAUUCGACUAAUUGACGAGUUUCUAGCUAAAUCUAAUGUUUCUAGAUGUGUUGAUUUCAAAGAAUCUGCUGAUGUGAUUGCAAAGGUCGGUUUCAAGAUGUUCUUAGGGAUCACCGCAACUGUUACCAAUUGGGAUGCUGAUGGAACAAGUUGCAGUCUUAUCUUAGAGGAUAAUCCCCUUGUGGACUUUGUUGAGCUUCCUGACACAUGCCAAGGUCUAUAUUAUUGCAAUGUCCUUAGUGGAGUUAUCAGAGGAGCCCUAGAGAUGGUUUCUAUGAAGACCGAAGUCACAUGGGUUCGUGAUAUGUUGCGUGGAGAUGACGCAUACGAGUUACGGGUGAAACUUCUGAAGCAAGUUCCUGAAGAGUACCCUUACAAAGACGACGAGUAACUUGUGACAGUAUGAAUUGGUAAUUUCAUGAAUGUGCAGUUUAUGUUUGUUGUUUUCCUUAUAUUAAAGAAUUUUGAACUUCUCCUGUUUAUAUUAAUGACUUGUAAACAACCAAGCUCUCUGCAUAAACUUACUAGACUGUAAUUCUUUGGUGUUCAACUUCCUGCUUUAGAAGCUAACAUCAAUUAUUUCUGUGUAGCA